UAGUACUACGCGAGGAGAGCUAAAGGACACAUCACCCUCUGGAUUGCUGGUCGCACGUCGGAACUCCCUUCGCCUGUUGGCGACUGCCAGGGACGACGUUUGCCAUCCUGUCAAUCUUCUUGGGGGGGAAACGUUGGGUCUUUUUUUUUUUUUUAAUAGCUACAUUUUUUUUCUCAUCUCCCCCCUCCCCUUAAAUGCCAGGAGGAGUGGCUGCCGGUCGGAAUCUUUUUUCUCCGUUGCUUUGAGGGGCAAUUUAAAGUUUGGCGGGGUGUUUCUCCCCCCCCCUCCACUUUCCAGACUCGCCCGCAUUCCGGGGGUCGAGAAACAGAGAAAGUUCAGCAAGUCGUCCCAUGGCAAGCUGGCCACAGCAAGUUGUCCUGUGGCGAAUUGGCAAUGGUUUUCACUCAAUUGGUACAUGCUGGUGGGACACGCGUAAAGAGAUUAUCCAGGAAUGGUGGAUCACUUGCUUCCUGCGGAUGAAUCUUUCUCAUCCACCAGGCCCUCAAUUGGAUACUUUGGGGAUAUGACAGCUAUUGGGAGGUCAUACCAAAUGCUGCCUUCCCCAGUCUCUGAAGAUGAUAGUGAUUCCUCAAGCUUUUGUUCUUGUUCAAGCCCAGAUUCACAGGUUCUAGGUUCCAGCUAUGGGAGUUCAUCAAGUGCUGAGAAUCAGGACAGUAUCUUGGACUACUUGUUGUCCCAGGCAUCUCUGGGGAAUGGCCAUGCUUCUUGGUGGGAUAAAAGGAGAUUUCAGCCCAUUGUGAAGGAGGAGAAUUUUAGAAUUCCAGAGUUCACAGUGGAGAUGGAAGAUUCCGGACCAUUCCAGCCUACCCUUGAGGAGAUAGAGGAGUUUUUGGAAGAAAACAUGGAGACUGAUCUCAAAGAAGGACCUAAGAGUGAGACCAAAGACAUGAGAGCUUGCAGCCAAAUCACUGUAGCUUCCAUACAGCAAAAAGACCAGAUGGUACCAAGUGUUGCUUUAAAAGACAGUAAAAAUGAACAAUCAGAUGGUGCAAUGGAAGGCAGCCAUCCAUCUAACGGAGGAGUGUCCCUUGAUGGAGGGAUACCAGUCAUGCUCCAGAUCCAGCCAGUUCAGGUUAAGCAACCAUCGGAUGUGAGCCCUAGUUCACAAGGAUCAGUGCAAGAAAACAUUAAAAUUGCACAGCUCUUGGUCAACAUCCAAGGGCAAACUUUUGCACUGGUGCCACAACUUGUUCAAUCAUCCAACUUGAACUCAUCUUCCAAAUUUGUCCGCAUAGCUCCAGUUCCGAUAGCUGCAAAACCUAUUGGUCCAGGAGGUACAAUCCAGGGUCAAAAUGGAGUCAUCAUGGGUCAAAAGUUUCAAAAGAAUCCUGCAGCAGAACUCAUUAAAAUGCACAAAUGUACUUUCCCUGGAUGUACCAAGAUGUACACUAAAAGCAGCCAUUUGAAAGCCCAUCUAAGAAGGCACACAGGGGAAAAGCCCUUUGCAUGUACUUGGCCUGGCUGUGGAUGGAGGUUCUCACGAUCAGAUGAACUUUCUCGACAUCGACGUUCCCACUCUGGCGUGAAACCAUAUCAGUGUCCUGUGUGUGAGAAGAAAUUUGCACGGAGUGACCACCUGUCCAAGCAUGUCAAAGUCCAUCGAUUUCCACGAAGCAGCCGCUCAGUGCGUUCAGUCAAUUGAUGUGUCCGGUCCAGUCCUUUCCACCAUGCCUCUAAGAACUUCCACAAGCAGUAUUUGUUCCUUUCUUGUGAUAAUUUAUUUCUCUCCCAUGUAACCGCUGCCAUUAGGACAUCACAUGUGCCUUCCUCCCACCCUCCCAUCAUUCACCAACUUUGCUUUUUCCCCCCUAAUUCUUGUUGUUGCUGCCGCUGCCGCUUCUUUUUGAGAAUUACAGCAUUUCAUUUUCAGUCAAUUGAGCUCCAACAUCAUGAUAAUAUAUGGGCAACUUGCUGCUAGUUAAUUACAGUUCUGGCAUUCCUGAGCACUUUUGCUCAUGUACGGGGCUAUUCAUCAUGAGGUUUUUUGUUUUUUAAAAAAAAUGCAUUAUUAAUAUUAUUAAGUUGGCCUGUUUGUUCGCUUUGGAAAGAGCAAUUUCCUUUUGAACUGGAAAAGAAAUCCACGUCAUUUUCAUGAGUUCAUUUCUGUUGAUACAAUAAUUUGGUGUUUGGUUCACUAGCUAGAACAGAAGAAACAUGUCAGCAAUAUGUGCACGUGAGUGACUGAGUAUGUCUGCAUAUAGAAAGAAGGGAUUGCCAACAGGCGGAUCUUUGAUUAAACUAAGCAAUAAACCAGUGUAUGGAAUGAUUGUCCUAGUCUGAAUAAAUCCUAGAUUUUUCCAGAUUGUGUGCACACCAUAUCUGAGCCUAUCAGUUGCUGCCAUUUGCAGACUUACCAGCUCUCUCUGUUGUGAAGCUGCUUCACUGGAACUGGCAGAGUUCACUCUCCCUUGUUCUUAGUCCCAUGUAAAGAUUAGUAUGUUUGAAAAUGCCUGUAACAUUUCACGUGGCUGGAGGAAAUAAAUAAAUUAGGAUAAGGCAUCCAUGCCUUUUCACCCAAUCACCUCUAUUUCCAAAAUAUAACCUUUUGUCAUUCAGCCCAGAGAUAAUGGCUUUGCAUGGGUUGCCUCACAAUUUAGGCACAAGCCUUCUUUAGGUUAUAUAAAAACUAUGAUAAAUUUCAGAGAAGUAUCUUCUUGCUCAAUUCUCCAUUUUGCACUGUUCAGAUUCAUAAUCUCUGGAUUGGAUACACAGAAGGAGCUAAAAUUGGCUUUCCUCAACUUGGACAAGUGGAUAAGUGGAUUUGUCUUGCAGAAUUCCUCAAACAUCACAGUCAAGUUGGAGAAGACCAAGCUAAAGCAAUUCUCUCACAUUUAGUAACUAGAAUCUGAUAAUAUUUUCCCCAAGGUCUUAAACAGUUAAGCUUGCAUAAUUAAAGAUUUAUACCAAAGAUGAAUAGAAUUGUCAACCAUAGCAGUUAAGAAGGCCAAAUAUUCAUCUAUUCAAUGUAUUAAAUCAUUUAUCUAGGAAUUUUAUUUUGGUUCUUUACUAGUGGAGCACAUCAAUCCUGCACUAUAUGUCACAGUGCCAAAAUCCAACCGUAGACAAUCUGUUCCUAUAAGAAGCCAAGGUAGGCUAUUGAUUUGAUAGGUGUGUGUUUGCAUGUGUGCAUGUGUAUUUGGCUGACCAGUGCUGUGGAGGAAAUGAAUGAAAUUUUUCUAUGAAGUUCAAAUUAUCACACACCUAUGGUGCUACUUUCAGAAGUAGGGAAUGUGAUGGCCAUUGCUUCAGACUCUCUACUCAACUUGAUAUUUUUUUAAAAACAACAACAACAUAUAACCCCCACCAUGGGAAGCCAUAUGCAAGAAUGCCUCAUAAUCUGAUAUGAACUUGAAGGUGCUGUUAGAAAAAAAUGGAUAAGCUGAGGAGGUGGAGAAUAUUCAGGAGACUUGAGGUAGUGGUAGUGGAAAGCCAUUUCCCCAGUCUUGAGUAUUGUUAAAUGGGUAUUUGGUGAUUGGCCAUCUCCUCUCUUGGCAGCCACUGUAUGAACAGGCAAAUCUUCCUGCACGAUGACCAUUUUCUAACUAACAUAUGGUUCAAAAUUACAAAGGUGCUCCUGGCCCUGGAAGGGUGGCCACCUCUACUGCUUUAUUGAAUAGCGGAAAGGGAUCAUGCCUCUCUUUUCCAGGAAUGAUGCUUGUCAUUCGUCUUCAAUAGAUCCUUCAGUGAGAUAGUGUCAGGGGUGAAAUGCUCCCGGAUCGGACCGGAUUGUGCGAUCUGGUAGUGAUUGUGGCUGGUAGUUCGGCGAUCUGGUAGUGAUGGUGGAGCAAAGCUCUGCCCACCCACCCGGGUGUCAUUACUUCCUGGUUUUAACCAGGAAGUAAUGCGUUUUACUUUGGAAGUGCGCAUGUACACUUCCAAAAUGGUAAGAAAGGUAAGUAGAUUUCACCCCUGGAUAGUGUGUCCUGUCCUGUGCCCCUCAUCCCUGUGAUUGUGCUGUAGGAGAAUGGGAUAGUUGCAUGAAAUCCUGUGUCAAUUUCUUGCUCUGCCAUUGAUUUUGGGUCUGUGGGCAGCCUUAAAUCAACUACCAUUCCUGCAAAAACAUCUAUGUGACCUCCUCUGGAAUGUUACCCUUAGUUUCUAACUGUGCCAAUCCUUUUGCCUCAGCUUAUAUAGAAUCUUCCCAGACUAAGGGUGAAAAAAAACCCCCACCUGCUGAGCCAAUUUGCCAUUGUUUACAGUACUGAACAUAAUCCAUAUUCCUAGUAGCUGAGGAGGAAGGACUUCAGACUUAGUGAAUGUUUUAUGAAAGCACUUUGAGAGAUUUCAGCAGCAAGUGGUACUAAAAUGCUCAGUGCCCAUAUGGGCCACUCACUAUUCAGAGAGCAAUGCAACUGGAGCAUUGGGUGUUCCAGCCAACUAGCAUGGUAGCUGUCUUAAGGGCCUUUUUUUUUUUUUAAAGAGAAUAUACACAACACAGAGAGAAUCUGACGAAGCAGAAAAAAAAUAUCAUGUUAGGCAACAUUUCCUUUUAUAUAUACAGUAUAUAUUUUUUGUACUCUACUGAUUUUAGGAUGUUUCUAGAGAACGAGAAUGUAGUAAGUAGGGUUGUUGGAUAUUUUUAAAGAAUAGGCUAUGAUCACACAACAUGCAUAACAAAUCAGUUAAGGGCCUUGUGGCAGUAUUUUUGCAACAUUUUAAUUUGGAUUGCUUUUAAUGAAGCUUUUUGUUCUGUUUUAGCUUUAGAUGAUCAUUCAAACCCCAAUGGGUCAAGUGAAGUCAAUUGCAAAACUAAAUGUGUUGUAUAGUCAUAGCUGUCACGUUGACAGCAAAUCCGAGCAAACAUAGCCAUCGUUGAACCUCACUGAAAGCAAUGGGACAGGAUUAGCUGUGAGCAGUUCUCUGCUUUGAGAGGGGCUCAGUAGCAAUGAAUUUUAGCAUCAUGCCCUAUCUUUUUAUGUUAACCAAAUGGGAAUUAAAACACCGCAAUUCUGGGUUGAGUAGGUCAAAACAGAGACCAUGUUGUCAUUUAAGAGCAAUAGUUCCAGUUCUUUACACUAGGAAUGCAUUCCUUUGGUCCUCUGGAAAUUUGUGUACUAUAUGUGAAUGUCUCUCCUAUUGACUGGUUUUUAUCUCACAUCCUAUGAAUGUAUGUAAAUAAAAUUGUAUAUAUUGCAUAUCUAUAUAAAAUAUCUUUUAAAAACACAAAGAUGAUGUAAAUUAGAGUCAAAAUAAUAUCUUUAAAAGCCAGUGUACAUAAGUUACAAUUCUGUAUAUUUUUCUUUUGUUCUUCAUAAAAUAUAUUUACUUUGACAAUAAAAAAGAAAUUUUAAAUUUUACAAAUAA